AUGGACUUGAAAUUAGUUGAGCUGUCAGUAAUUAAUGAAGCAGCAGAGGGUGGGGAGUAUCCCUCAGCUCUCGUAAUAGGCUUACUUGCAGUAUUCGCCUUCAAGGGGUUGAUCCCUUUUCCUCACUAUCCUUCUGUGUUUGAUACAUUAACUUUAGGUCUUGCUCAUGCUACUAACAGUUUCCAAUGGGUUACCUCCUUUGUCUCUUUUUCUCAAGUUGAAACUCUUGGAUUUCUUUUAUUUACUACCUAUCCUCUAUUGUUAAUUAUGACAGGGUUAAUUCUACUUAUAGCCCUGAUUGGUCCGAUUUUGGUAGCCUUUGAGGGUCCUACUCAUCCGGGCGGUCCGGCCAAUUCCUCUACUCAGAGGGCACUAGCGAAGGCCCUGCCAAACUCUGAAUAUUCUUGUCCUUUAUCCUCUACUUGUUGGCAAUUACGGGAACCUCUGUUUUCUCUUGAUUGA